UUCAGAUGAGCUUAGCUCGUGUCCGUCGAACGACGCCUUACGACGUUUAACCUUUGUUUAAUAUGUAUAUAUUUUUAUAUUGAUAACCAGUGUCAGGGCUUACAAUCAGUAACAGUGGCGCAGGGAAGGCGACUGCGUUUCGUUAUUUUUUCUCAUGAAUUGAAUCACAAUGUAUAUUAAAAAAACUGGAAUUAUUGUGUUACUCAGUAUCGUGUUGUCGGCUACCGCUGAAGCACUCUGUAAAAAUGGGGCGAAAUGUGUGACAUUAGAAAACUGCUCAUGGAUUUUUGAUAGCCUUCAAAAUGGUUCAGAUGUAUUAAUGGCUCUAUUGAGAAGACUGCACUGCGGCUUCGACAAACAUAAUAAUCCUAAGAUUUGCUGUCCAUCACAGUUCGAGAUGAGAGGCGGUCUUGACUUGCUGCCAAACACUACUGUCUGUGGAAUUCAAACCAAUGAUAGAAUUGUUGGAGGACAACAGGCAGACCUUGACGAACAUCCUUGGAUGGUACUAAUCAAAUAUGAAAUACCUAAAGGAAGUACUUUUGCUUGUGGGGGAGUUUUAAUAUCACCUAGAUAUGUCAUGACGGCAGCCCAUUGUGUCAAAGGCUCAGAUCUUCCACUGAACUGGAGACUAUCGCAGGUACGUCUUGGUGAAUGGAACGUGGCUACCAAAACGGAUUGCGUAAGAGAUGAUUGCAGCCCAGAUCCAUUAGAUAUUAAUAUUGAAGAGAUAAUCCCUCACGAAGACUAUGACCCUGAUAAGGGUCAGCAAAACGAUAUCGCGCUUUUGAGACUGGCACGGAAUGUUGCAUUCAAUGAUUUCGUGAAACCUAUUUGUCUUCCUGUAAACUCAGCAUUGAAGAAGAGUACAUUUGAGAAUAUUGAUAUGGAAGUAGCAGGUUGGGGGAAAACGGAAACAAAACUAUCAUCGGAUAUCAAAUUGAAGGUUAAAGUUACUGUCAGAAAUACAAAUGAUUGUAAAGAAAUUUACGAACGGGCGAAUCGCAUAGUCACUGAGAAGCAACUUUGUGCUGGUGGUUUAGAGGGUCAGGAUUCUUGUAGGGGAGAUUCCGGUGGAGCACUUAUGGGGCGAGUCGAUGCUACUAAGAACUGGAUGGCAGUUGGUGUAGUCUCCUAUGGACCCUCACCUUGUGGUACAGCAGGAUGGCCCGGCGUGUACACGAGAGUCACAGCUUUCACUGACUGGAUAAUGUCAAAAUUGCAACCCUAACCGUAUUGAAAGUGUUAUAUAGGUGUCACAAAAUGUUAUACAAAAUAAAAUGUACAUCUAUAACUUAAAAACGAAUAUAUAAAUAGAUAUACUCCAGAGAGGUGCCAUGACUUUAACUAUAAAUAUCUUGAUUUUUUAUUA